AUGGUGCGUGCAGUAUUUUGUAGUGCGUUAAGUUUGGGUGAAGAUGAAGAUGUUGCUGAUAUAUAUGAGAUACGAUGCCAAUUGGCUGAGCAAUUACGAUGCUUGGAGACACGAACCGAGACACAGACAUCAAUCCUGUUAGAAUUGAAUGAUUAUUAUCGACGUAAAGCCGAGAUCGAUAUGGAAUAUGGGAAACAACUUGAGAAAUUAGCUAGAAGCGCGAUGCAACGGCAUAAAAAUGAGAAAAAUAAACGAGAAUGCUGGUCAAUGCAUUCGAUAUGUGCAUUAUGGCAACAACUAGUGGAUAACACAAGGGAGGAAGCACGGGAACGAAAUGAAAUCGCAGAGCUUUACAUAACACAACUGACGACAUUAAUCUCACAACGUUGUGACGAUUUGCAUAAAAUCUCUAGAAAGUGCCGUGAAAUAGGCUCACUUGCGCAUGGUGAGGUAAGCCGUGUUCUCAACGAACUACACACUGCUAUGAAAACUUAUCAGUUGUGUUUCACCGAAUAUUCUUCUGUUGAAUCGAAGUAUCGUCAAGUCGAAGAAAACAAAUUGAAAUAUGAAGAAGAAAAUCCGAAAAAACGGGGUGCCACUCGAAAGCAUCGUUCACUAACGAAACUUUUUGAUAAGAGACUUGAAAAAUAUGAUAUAGUACGAGUGAAAUGUUUGAAAGCUCGUAAUGAAUAUUUGUUAUGUGUUCAAGCAGCAAAUGCAGCAUUACACAAGUAUUUUGCUGAUGAUUUAUCUGAUCUCAUUGAUUGCAUGGAUUUGGGUAUGGAAGAGUGGCUACGAAGUCUAAUAACAUGUACAGUAUCAUCACGUAAGACAAUAUGUCAAAAGGAAAUGGACCAUUUGGCAGAUUUGUACUCUUUCAAGCAGUCGUUAGAUGCAAAAGCCGACAAACAACGAUUCUUCGAGGCGAAUCAUGCCACUUUCAUGUUACCAAAACGUUUUGAAUUCAGAGGGCAAAUUGGAGAUGCGAUGAGUACCGUUAGUGCAGCCGAAGGUGUUGCUGAAGAGUUGCAACAGCGGCAAAUGCAAAUUGAACGUAGAUUAACGAAUGUUCGAUUGGAAUCGGAAGAGAUAUGGAAGAGUUUGGAAUCAACGGAACGUGCGGUGAUAGAGAAGAAUGCAGAACUGAUGCGAUCAGCUGAUGUGAAUGAACAACGCAAAGAUAGCUCUGCUCAAACUGAACUAGUCAUCGAUCAUCUCAAGAACAGAAAUGAUCUAAACGAAUUAUACGAUUAUUAUUUAAAUAAAUUCAGUCAUUAUUUGUUGAACAGCAAUCUGAUAGAACGACUAGAAGCACGUUCAAACGGCAUUGGGAAUGCGUUAAGUGACUUCACAGCAAUAGCUACUCUGCAGAAAGGUGCUGAUGAAUCAUUCACCCAUUCAACAAUCACGCCAAAUAGAGGAGUAACUGAAGAGAAUGACAAUAAGAUGUUGCUAUCAUCUUGCAAUACCACAAUAUGCUCGUCGUCAAGUGUGACAGCAACGGCAGCGCAUUCACAACAUGCAACGAAACGUAAGAAAAGGAUCGGUGGUGGAAUUGUUAAAAAUGAUGAAACAAAGAGACCGAGACUGUUUGGUGGUAGUCUUGAUGAAUACGUGGAUGCUACUGUUGCUGGUGUGCUGAAGCUUUAUUUGCGUGAACUUCGAGAACCAUUAUUUCCGAUUUUCUUGUUCGAUCAGUUGACUGAGUGUGCAAAAUGUAUUAAUCCUGAAGAAUUCAUCAAACAAGUUUCACCAUUGCUCGAAAAAUUAUCGCAACCAACACUACUUGUAUUACGUUAUUUAUUCGCUUUUCUGAAUCAUCUGAGUGAAUUUAGUGAUGAAAAUAUGAUGGAUCCAUAUAAUUUAGCCAUUUGCUUUGGACCAACUCUUUUACCUAUUCCUGAAGGUAAAGAUCAGGUAUUCUACCAUAAUUUUGUGAAUGAAUUGGUGAAGAAUUUGAUAGUAUAUCAUGAGAAUGUGUUCUCGGCAUUAUUACCAGGACCAUCGUACGAGAAAUACCUUUUGGAGAGUUGUGAUAAUGCGUUGUAUAUAGAUGACCAAGAAGCAGUCAUCAGUGGUGAUGAAGAGAUUUCAUCCACAACGGCAAUGUUCGAUUCUUGUUGCAUCGAACGUUUACCGUCGAUUGGUGAAACUGAUUAUUCAUCGGUCAAUAGCAAUUGCAAUAACACACCAACAGCUGCAGAUGCACUUCAUCCAUCUGAUGUGCAUGUUCUAUCGAAUAAUACACCUCACAUCAAUAGUCGAACCAGUUUGUCGUCGGCGACAGCUGUUACAGCAACCACAACGACGACUCACGUUCCUGCAAGCACCAUUCCUAUCACCACUGGUAAUUGA